UCGGCUCGUGCUAUUAUACUGCAGUGUACUUUGCAAAACGAAGCGAUUUUGUAACUUCAAUGAUAGCAAGACAAGGAUAUUGUGCAUUAAAACUCCUUGAAUGGCACGAUCUGAAGCAAUCAUCGCAUGACGCUGUGCCACAACAUUACAUUCGCUCGUUCAUUUUAAAAAAAUACAGUUUUGAAAUAAUUUCAUGGAGUGCCCGCAUUUGGAAGAAACUGUACAUGUAACAGCGCCAUCUAUAAAAAGCGAAAAUUUACCACCAGAUUAUUUUUGCGCAGCAUGCAACACCGACAAGAGCCCAUGGAUUUGUGCUCGAUGUGGGAAAAUACAUUGUGGAAGGUACGUGAAUGGCCAUGCCAAGGAGCAUCAUGAGGUGACCACCCAGCAUGCUGUUUGCAUGGACUGUGAUAACUAUGCCGUUUACUGCUAUAUCUGUGAUGAAUUUGUGAUUAACGAUACAAAAUACGGGCACUUGGACAAACUCAGGAAAAACUUACAGUCAUUAGCCAGUGCCAGAAACCAUAUACGACAGAAGGUACGUCGACGAGCUUCCACAGAUUCACAAGAGAAUGACAGACAUAGAAAAAAAGUUAAAAAGGAUGACAGGCCAAGGUCUUCUGGACUCCGUAAUUUAGGAAACACGUGUUUCAUGAAUGCAGUAUUACAGUCCCUUAGUAACAUCCAGCAAUUCUGUGGCUACAUCAAACAGUUGCCAUCAUUAGAGGAGAAGAUUAGCAAGUCACGCAAAUAUCACCACACACGGAAAACACGAAACGAGGAGGAUGAUGUACUCCUUAUAGAAGAGUUACGGAAGACACUUGUUGCGUUGUGGCAGGGGACCAAAGGAGCCAUUUCUCCAGAAUCUCUAUUCUGUGUCAUCUGGAAAGUCGUGCCAAGAUUUAGGGGUUACCAGCAGCAAGAUGCCCACGAGUUUAUGCGCUAUCUCCUGGACCGGCUACACACGGAGCUGCUCACUCUUCUGCCCUACCCAAACAAUAAUAGUCCCUUUAUCGGACCCAAAGGCAAAAGUACCAUUGUCACGGCAAUAUUUGGGGGCUUGCUCCAGAAUGAAGUCAAUUGUCUGGUGUGUGGAGUUGAAUCCAAAAAACAUGAUCCUUUUCUAGAUCUGUCACUGGAUAUUCCAGCCCAGUUCUCUACACGAGGAGGUAAAUCUAAAGAUGGGGAGCAGCAAGUCUGUCGGUUAUCAGAUUGCUUAACAAGUUUUACAGAGGUGGAGGAGCUGGAGGAAUCAGAACUUUACAUGUGUAGUAAUUGUAAAAAGAGACAAAGAUCAACAAAAAAAUUCUGGAUACGAAGGUUGCCCAAUGUAUUAUGUUUGCACAUCAAGCGGUUUAGAUGGCAAUCUUUUUUCCGUAUGAAGUUGGAAACAUUCAUAGAAUUUCCACUGAGAGAGCUCAAUAUGAACAGAUAUGUCCUGGACAAUUUGCACGAAACUCGGGGUAGUUAUGGAGGAAGCAGCCAAUACGACCUCGCUGCUGUCAUUGUACAUCAUGGAUCUGGAGCUGGAUCGGGUCAUUACACCGCCUAUGCUAUGCAUGAUGGUCAGUGGUAUCACUUCAAUGACAGCACAGUUACACCUUGUGAUCCAGAAGUUGUGGCCAAGUGUAAAGCAUACAUACUCUUCUACAUACGUAGGGAGUUCAAACUGCCAGAAUACUUGGGAAUCAAUGGUAACAGUCACAGGCAAUGAAGAUUGUUAGAGAGUCCGCCAACAUGAUCAAUGUUCAGGAACGGUAGAUCAUCUGGCUCACAGCACAGGGUCUGCCAACAUGCUCAGUGAUGAGGAAUCGCAGAUCAUCCAGCUCACGGCAUAAGGCUCACCAGUCACAGCAAAGGUUUAAAAAGGGCCUAAGUUCACCAAUGUUCAGGAAUUGUAGACCGCCAAAUCUCACCAAGCUUUUAAUCAAACUGUGGCAGUCUGGAGCUCUCGCAGUGCAAGUCCUAAAGUGACAGCAAUACAAACCUUACCUAAUUAAUUGACAUACAGGGACAAUUCAAAACAUAGUGAAAUUUGGAAAAUUGUUUUACAUUGAGUCUAGGCAAAAAAGAGAAUAUUCAAACAUUCAAAGAUGUUUUUGAAAGGACUAUUUUGAAUUUUUGAGGUGAAAAUGUUUUAAACAGUUCUGUCCUGACAUGAUCCGUUGAUCGUUAUGGACUGUGAUAAAGGCUGUUGUAGGCUUCAAUGAUUAGCACACGUCAAUAGUGUCAAGAAAUCAGCUCUUUAGAGUACCACUUACUUUAGAAAGGGAGCCGUUAGAUAAGAGGUAAAGAGGUUGUGAAUGGGGAAUGUGUUAACAUCAAUCGAUUAAGCAAAAAUAUCAAUAUUUAAAUCUUGUAAUGAGCAAAUGCAGGAUUGAGGAGUCUUAGAGUUUGAUCCACCAGGAAGUUUAAAAUGAUAUGACAACAUUUAUGUUAAAUCGAAAAUGGAAGUUAAAUGUUAAUCUGAUGAUUAUAAAUCUAAUAUUAAUUGAUGUAAAAAAUUAUACACAGCAGUUUUUCUUAAUAGACUAAAAAAGCAUUGUCUCUAGCACGCUUUAAAAGAGUUUAAUCCGAACAAAGCUUGACUAUAUGGAGGACAGAUAUGCUUACUGGUAUAAUAGUGAAGCUGUAUUUCAUAGUGCUUCAUUUCUUUAAAAAAAAAAAAGAUUCAUUCCAAAGGUCAAAAUAUUGUAAUUUUAAAAAUAUGCUCAAAUUUGCAUGACUUUGAAUGUAAAUGUUGUAAGUAUAUUAGAUAUGGUAUUGACGGUAGAGGCUAAGCUUGUUUGGUUUUAUAAAUUUGCUUUUUCACUCUCAAUCUUUUCCUGUCUGUAUAAAAAGUUUUACUCUUAAAUGAUGCAAGAAUUGAAAAGUCCUCCUCACACAACAGUCUUAAUAUUUGAAAACGACCUAAAAUGCCAGAAAAUGUGAUGCCUUCACCAUCCUCCCAGUCAUCAGAAAACGAUGUAUGUUUGUACAUUGUACUGUCCCUUGCGUGAUUAUUGGCCCAGUGGGCAUUUAUGACUACUACACUGAAAGUGAAUGUAUAGAUGUCAUUUACUACACUUCACUACAGUGGAUAAAUUGUCUGUGUUUUCUGUCCCAUAAUGAGAAAAUGUCCUAAUGGAACUAACCCCAGGGCCCUGAUGUUCAAAUUGUUGUAAGGCUAAUAACAGUUUAACAAUUUAAAAAUUCGGAUAAAAGCAUUUCUAGCAAAACUAAUUUUACAGGAUUUUAUACAACUAUAAAAUUAUAAAAAAAAUUCUUCAUACCUGCCUAUUUUGAGGAAUACACUCACUCAGGUUUUGUAUUUAAGGAGAAAUGAGAUUCUUACUAAUCAAGUGAUUAAGCUAAUCAUCUUUUGAGCAACUGGGACCAGGUGUUUGAAUGGAUGCAGACAUGAUCAAAUUUUUUUGAGAUUUAAACCAUUGUUCCAGUCAAGAUUCAAAUUGGAUUGCAAUUUUCUGUUUUCUUGUAAACAGCAAGAAAAAGUUGUGAGAUAAGCUUUAAAUGGUGUUAUCAUCGGACACGAGUUAUAAGAGUAUCUCGACUAUUUUUGUGAGGAAAUUGUGAAGGAGCAAUGUAUUGGAGAGUUUUGAUCACAUUGAUCUAGGUCAUGUACAUGUUUGUCAGCGCUAUAUUUUGAUUAUGAGCCAUUUGAUCCUGAAAUGGCUUGGUUGUAGCUUUGUAUGAUUGCAUUAUUGGUACGAGUGCAGACCUGGCACACUUUUCAGCUACUGGAUAUCUUUUAGAUUUAACACUGUUCCUUGGCCAGUGACCUAAUUAGACCUAACUAAGCCCUUGCACAUAUAUAAAUAUAGAUUUGUGAGUGUGCCAGCAAUCUAUUCUGGGUCUGGUUCUGUGUUAUCAACUCUCAUUAUUGAAUAUUUAUAUCUGCAUACUAGUAAAUGUCACUGAAAGAGUAAAAAUGUUUGGAAUUCGUGUUGCCUAAUUGUCAUUUUAUGUCCCGCUCAAAUUUAAGACAUUUUGUCAACAGGGAGCAUGUGUGAAUCAUAUUAAGUUCAAUUAUGUACCCACAGUAUUUGUUUUAAAAUACAUAUCUAUAACACAAGCUUCUAA